AUGUCAUCCAGCGACCCUCCAACAAUGUCACCCAAUACUGGCGAUCCCUUCCAUUUGACACCUCCACCCCUGUUCAAGAUGUCAACCCCUUGGAACGUGUACUACCUCAUUUUCCUGGGGCAUGUGCCACCACUGUUACUCGACCUCCUAUGGGCGUUCCUAUCGAUGGAAAUCCUGCAUUUGGAUUACGAUGGGUCUCGACAACCGCAGCCAAUGUACUCUGAACUGCAGAACCUUCUCUGGGCAUUGCUGCAGGACAUCAAGGAUCCAGGAGGAACCGAUGAGGAGUGGAACUCAUUCACACACAAGGCAAGAUGGACCAAUAUCGAGCUCGACUUAGAGCUACCAACCCGGAGGAACAACUUGAGCAACACGAAUUCUCCAUCAUCACUCCCCCUUCUGGUGCCAUGCCCCGCCGUCUUCACUUCUGUACCAAAUGCGAAACUGAUGAUCAUCUUCAGAGUGAGUGCUGGCAUUGGUUGUGUUCCUAUUGUGGGCUCCAUCACCCUCGUCACAAAUUCCGUACUGCCGACAAUGUACAGCCUGGACAACUCCCUUGUCUCACUGAGGAACCCGGGUAUCUACAAGAGCGUCGUGCUCAAUGGAAACUGA